CAUCGAUAAGUACACAACUUCCAACACGCUUGAUACGCUGUACGAUAUGGUAGGAGGCGCAAAAACGUGUUGAGUACAUAACCUAACAAUUUGUCGUCGGGUUCAACUCAAUCCUAAAUAUUUUGUUGGAUAACGUAAAAAGUGUACAAAAACAUAAUCAUGAAUACAAUGUUUGAUGGAAGCGAUGACUCCGAUACGGAAGUCAAUUUCAAGACCACAAAUGAGUACGCAAAAAAUUAUAAUUCAUGGAGACAAAAAGAGCUCCUCAAUUCAUUAAAAACUAAGUAUAAAGGUGAUUUAAAUAGUGAUGAAGACACCAGCAGUUCAGAUGAAGAUGAGUCUGAUAUUGAAUUGCCUGACAAGGUAGAAAUGGACUUCUUAAAAACCUUAUCUAGUUUGAAGAACAAAGAUCCCAAAAUUUAUGAUGAUAGUGUGAAGUUCUUUGAUGAUACACCAAUUGAUCCCACUGUUAAAAAGAAGAAAAAGGAACAGACCAUGUUUUUGAAAGACUAUGAAAGACAAAUGUUAUUGGAACAUGGUAGUAAAGGGUUUGAUGAUGAAGAUAAUGAAGAUCCACAAUCAAGGGGAUUAACAUAUGUGGAAGAACAAGAAAAUAUCAAAAAGAGUUUGAAAUCUGCUCUAGAAGAGGUUGAAGAUGAAGAUGAGAAUUUUGGUGGUUUGUUUCAAACCCGUGUAAAGUCUAAAGUUGAAGUUGAAAAAGAAGAAGCUAACUACAAGCAAUGGUUAAAGGGACAGAAGGACAAACUUAAUAAUGCUGAAGAUGAGACCAGUUUAAAACCAUUAAAGGAUCAUUGGAAUGAUCCUAAUUUAGAUGCUGGUGAAAAGUUCCUAAGAGACUAUAUUCUCAAUAAUCGGUUUAAGGAGAGUAAUGAUCCUAACUAUGUGCCAACAUAUGAUGAGAUUGUUCAUGAUGAUGAAAAGUUUUCUGAUGAUGAGGAAAAUGUGGACAAACAAGAAGAGUUUGAACACAAGUUUAAUUACAGAUUUGAGGAACCAGAUCAGGAAUUUUUGAAAAGAUAUCCAAGAACAGUGGAGAAUUCAUUGAGAAAAACAGAUGACCGUCGCAAAACAAAACGUCAUGAAUUGAAAGAACGCAAAGCUUUAGAAAAACAAGAAAAGAUGGAGGACCUGCAGAAACUAAAAGAAAUGAAACGUAAAGAAAUCGAAGAAAAAAUUAAAAAAUUGAAGGAAAUUACGGGUAACACCGAAGUAACUUUUCAAGAUCAAGAUUUUGAUGAAGAUUUUGACCCAGAUGCGCAUGACAAACGAAUGCAGACACUUUUUAACGAUGAAUUUUACACUGGUGAAGAAGGCGACGAAAAACCGGAGUUUCCGGAUUUAGAUGAAGAGCUUGAGAUUGAGCGAUGGGAUAAACUUCAUAAAGAUCAAAUAAAUAAUGAUACAGAGUAUAAUGAUGGUACUUAUGCAGAAGAUGAAGAUUUCAACAUGGACUGUGAUUAUGAUCCUUCCACUUCUACGCAAAAUGAACUCAUUGAGAAUACGAAAGGUAAAAAGAAACGCAAACGAAAAUCAAAAUUUGCAAAGGCAGUCAGCGAAACAAAACCUGUUUUUGAUCCAAAUGAUAAGACAUAUGAAGAAUAUUUAGAUGAAUAUUACAAGUUGGAUUGUGAGGAUAUUGUUGGUGGCAUACCGUGUCGAUUUAAAUAUCGGCAGGUUGCGCCGAAUAAUUUUGGCUUGACUAUUGAAGAAAUUUUGACUGCAAAUGAUAAAGAAUUAAAUCGUUGGGCAUCAAUCAAAAAAGCGAUGCAAUAUAGGCCAGAUCAUAUUGAAAAAUACGAUCAGAUUGCUUAUUCGAAGAAAGCACAAAACGAAGCAUUAAAAAGGAAGAUUUUACCUAGUUUAUAUGCGGAUGAAGGUACAAGUUCUACUGAGGUAAACGAAUCCCAAGAUGUAGGAAAUAAGAAAAUCAGAAACGCUAACAAAAGGAAACAAAAUGCCAUGGAUGCAACCAUUGUAGAACCAACAGAAGAAAAUUUUGAUGUAAAACCAUCACAAUCAAACAAGCAGGAAGAUACAACAGAUGAAAAUAAUCAGAAACCAAAUAAAAAAGGAAAAAAGAAACGAAGUGUUGAAAAUCCACAAGAACAACCAAAAUCGAAGAAAAUUAAAUUCAACGCAUCAACGAAUAGUACAGAAAAUGAAAGCAAUGUCAUAGUUGAGCAAACGUCAAAGAAAAAACAGUCGAAAAAGAAAUCAGUAGAUCAAAAUGGUGAAAUAACCGUAGAUUUCACAGAAACGAAAGAAAAAGCAGACGGAAACUUAACAAAUAAAAUAAAUAAUGCAACAACCCCAGUAAAUAAUACCAAUAACACGUCGAAAGCAAAAAAGAAGAAAAAGAAAGCCAAACAAACACCUGACACAAGUUUGAUCAAUAACGAGACACCUUCCAAGAAGAAAACUAACAAGGCUGGUAAGCAAGGCAACAAACCACAAAAAAGUAAAAAAGCAAAUCAUAAUGCGAAGAAUAACAACAAAACUAAAAAUAAGACGGAAACGACUUCUCCUGCAUGUAAAUUAUCUGACGCAAGACUUCAGGCGUUCGGCAUCAAGCCGAAAAAGUUCAAAAACAAGCUGAAAUACGGCAAUAACGCACAUAUAUAAUUUUAUGUAGGAAUUUAAUUCGUGAAUAGAGUAGGAUUAUUAAAGGAAUGAAAUAAUUUUAUUCAAUUAUAUACUUGAUCAGACAUUUAUUAUAGUUUACAGGUUUACAUCAAUAGUUGAAUGCUUCAGAACUUUUAAUAGUUUGUAAUUAAAAAAGUUAAAUAAAAUAAUCAUAAUUUUGUGAUCACUUAA